AUGUUCUUCGCUUAUAUUCAGCUUAUGGGUGAGCUUGUUAUUGUGUCGCGUCGCAACGGGGUCGAUACUGCUCUUUUCGAAGGUGAUUCACUCCUGAAGAAACACCAUCGAAUGAAUGCCGCCGGCACAUGCUCAAAGCUGAGCCCAUUCAUAAGAGUCGGCGCCGGAGUUGUUGCGAGCAACAUGAACAUACUCGAUCAAUUUGGCGCGACGACUUGCACCAUGCGUCACCACCCAGCAAGUCAUAAGCUAACAAGAGUAAUCGUUGUUAACGGCACCCUCCUCGUCCCUCGCAAGCUCGAUCGCAGAGAUCGUGUCAACGAUAAUGGACUUCCCAUCUGUAAGGAUGCAACAAUGAGUAUAGUGAGGUUCUACAGUGAUUUCGAACGGAUGUGGCCUUCACUUAGUCGUCGAAACCUGUUGUGCAAGGAUGUCUUGCUAAGACCGUUGUGGUGCAUUAGUCAGAUGAUGCCAAUACGCCUGUACUGCCCGUGGCUCGAGAGACUAGACUCCUAG